AUGGAGGAAGAAAGAGCUAAAGUACCUCUUUGGCGUUUGUUUCUCCUCAGUGCUUCGACUGGAGCACUUGAUCUUGGAUACGCAGUUGAAGGAGCUUAUAUCAUACCUUUCAUGGUAGCCUCAGGUCUCAGUUUAACCCUCUCUACUGUCUUAAUAACAUUGAGCCCUAUCAUGGGCUUGCUAUUUCAAGGGUUCAUUGGAGCAGUCAGUGAUAAAUGCACCUGCAGUUGGGGCAGACGUAGACCAUUUAUUGUAUUGUUCUCUCUGACUGCUGUGCUGGGAUUUGGCCCACUUCCUUACUGCUACUACAUUGACACUUUUUCCUUGAAACUCAUUGUCAUAGUAGUUUGUGUAUUUCUACUGGAUUUCAGCUGUGGGUUACUAAUGCUACCAACAAGAGCAUACCUAUUAGAUGUUGUCCCAGUCUCUCAGAGUAAAACUGGUAAUUUCAUUAUAUCAGUUGCAGUAGGUGUAGGAGCUGCUUUGGGAUUUGGUUUAGGUGCUGUUGACUGGUCAGUUGUUACUAGCACUAGCAUUAGCAUUGAGCAUCAAUCACAGAUUGUAUUUGGUCUCACUUCAGUCGUAUUUAUUAUGGCAAUGAUUUGUACUAUUUUGAGUGUAAAGGAACAGAAUCCAUCAGUAUUGGAGGCUCAUAUUAAAUCGACCGGUGCUACUUCUGUUCCUGAACAGGAGACAGCCUUUAAUGAAAAGAGAUCUGAAGAUGCAGAAAAGCAGACUCUAAUGUCUGACAAGCCAAAAAAGAAAUGUCUCCCUGGAUCUGACAAAAUCUGCAAGACAUUUGCUGAGUCUACUAUUGGUGUUUUAAAGUUUGCAUACUACAUGUCUUAUGAUAUGUGGUUUGUAUGGUUGAUGUCAGUAUUUGCAUUUGCCUCAGAUUUUUCUUUUGUAUACGGUUUUACAACAUUCGUUGGUUUAGCAGUAUACAAAGGGGAUUCAUCCAGUCCAGAAGGUUCGGAAUCUUAUGACUUAUACACUAAAGGAGUUAGGAUGGGAUCACUUGGAUUAGCAAUAGCAACAGUGUGCUGUUCUGUGAUGUCACUUAUACUGGAUUAUAUCACUCGUUGGAUUCGACUCAAAACUGUACUACUGAUAGCAAUAGCAGCCUUUGUCUGUGCACUAUGCUUACUGAUGUAUUGCAGGGAGUUAUAUCAAGUGUAUAUACUAGCUGCUAUGUAUGGGCCUUUUUUUGGUACUAUUCUCACUGUACCUUUUGCCAUCAUUCCAAUGUACCAAAAAACAAACAAGCUCUUUAGAAAAGAAUGGACUAAUAAACCACCAUUGGUUGAAGGUGUAGCUGUAGCUACUAUGAAUACUGCACUUUUGACAGGUCAAAUAAUAGCAUCACUGGUCAUUGGGCCUGUUGUUGAUGCUAUGGGAGAUGUCAACUAUUUCAUGUUGAUACCAUGUUUGUUUGGCUCACUCUCUUUUUUGAUUUCAUUACCUUUUACGUUCCCAGCAAUAAAGUCAGAAUGAGAUUAAGAAAUUUAAUGUUAAAUUUAUAAUUUUAUUAUGUUUUAAUUUCAAUUGUUAAUAAAAGUUUGUAGCUGCUCUUCAAGCAGUUGUUUUUUGAA